AUGUUAACAAGCAUCUCGUAUCUGAACAGUGAAAUAUCCAUUUAUGUCGACCAGAAAACGCCUAAUCGAUACUAUAUGUCACCAAUAGCUAUUCUAAGUUUAAAUCAAACAAAGUUAAUCGAAAAUUCUUUGAUUAAUCGAUCAUCACUGCAUCUAUCUUUACUUCUUUAUACACCUAAAGUGCAAACAAUUAUUCGACAAUAUCUUCAAAAGAUGUUUAACCAUUGUAAAAUAUUGUGUGAAAUAAAAAUGAUGCCAUUAAAUAUGACUCGCAUCGUAUGGAAACAUCAAACAAAUCCUAUAAUAGCCGAUUACUCUCUUAACUCAACAUGGAAAUCAGAUACAAUUCAACAUUAUACUAUUUAUUUCAAUAUUGAUUGUUCAACCAAGAUGGCUUGCAACACAUUAUAUUCAAAUUUACGUGAAUAUCCACAAAUAUUGUUUAGCUUCUAUUUCCAAUAUACAAGACUUCAACAUGAUAAACGUGAUACUGAUAUUAGAAUAACUAAUGGUCAUUUCUUGAAUACAACAUAUGGAAAGUUAAAAAAAAUGGAUACUGAGUCGAAUAUGCGAUAUUUAUGGAAGGAUACAAUGGAUGAACUAAUAUUGCAACUUCUCAACUUGGCUAACAGUUGCGCAUCAACUGAAGCUGAUAGAGAAAAAAUGAAAGAAGAUAUUGUUAGAAAAAUUUCAAUUGAAACUGAAGUAUCAUCUGAAUACAUUAAGAAGUUGAAUGAAAGAGCUUCAAUAUCAAACAGUUAUAGUCCAGUACCUUUCUAUCGGAGACCACCUGGUAUUGAUGGUAGCCUCGUUUAUAAUCUCUCUGAACAAACGUCGAAACAACGUCCUGUAUUACAAUUUCGCGAAGUUGUUGAACAAGUUUUGACAUCAAAGAAGUUUAUUGAUACAAUCGCAAAACAAAUUGAAACAGUGUUUGACAAGAUCAAUAUGUGA